GGGAACACACAAGUGACCUACAAGCGCUCCACGAGUAACAUGUGCCGAAUUGCGAUCCUUCUGCUGCUGGUAGCGCUGGACUUGGGUAGUUCGAGUGAUAUUGUCGAUUUGACGUGUGAAAGCGAUCAAGAUUGCGUACCGUUUCGGAGCGCCACGGUCAGCUCCACGUGCCUGGAGCACCAUUGUCGGUGCACUGACCUGCAGCAGGAAAGCAAUGCCACCGAGUGUCGGCCAGUGGUCAACCGAGUCUCGAACCAGAUCGGUGGUCAGUGCCCCUGCCAGAUCGCCAAUUCUUUCUGCAACGAGCAAACGCAACGGUGCGUUUGCCAGGAAGGGUUCCUGCCGAGCCGCGUCGAAAAGAAGUGUGUGCCAAAAUCCGUACCACUCGGUGGCGAGUGCGAAGAUGGCGGCCAGUGCUCGGCCCACGAUCACUUCGCACACUGUGACCCCACGAAACAGGUUUGCCAGUGCCAGGAGCACUUUGUCAUGUACGAGCAGGCGUGUCACUCGAUAAUCGCGGUAGCGAACCUGACGAAGCCGUGCGAAACCAACGAUGACUGCAACACGAACAACGCCACCAGCUCCAGCACGGUGUGCCACGGUGGUCAGUGCCUGUGCGGGCCGGAUUUUGUGGCCGAUGCGACUAACAGCAGUUGCCUGCCGGUUGCCGGGCACGAUCAACCUUGCACCGACUCGAAUCAGUGCAUUGCCACGCUCGGUGUUGGCUCCGUUUGCUACCAGGGGCGGUGCGCCUGCGAUACCAAUCACUUCCAGUUCCCGCGGCACAUGAGCAACACCACGACGCUACGGAAUGUGUGCGAGCGGAAAAUCGUGCACGGGGAUAGCUGCAACGACGAUCAGAACUGCUAUCAGUUCCACCUCGGACCGCACGAGCAGUCGAUGGAGUGUUUCAUGAAUGCCUGCGUCUGCCUCAACGGCUACACGGAGCGGAACAGCGUCUGCUUCAAAGCGAGUUCCGGUACGGUGGCCACACCGGCGGCAGCCCUGCUGACUGCUGCGCUCGCGAUGCUAUCCGCCAUUCGUGCUGUCUCUGGCCGCUGGGAGCUCUAACAGGCCUGGAACCCUGGAAGGGAUCCCACCCCGAAUCAACCC